UGUGACGUCACCGAAGGGGCGGCCACCAUCAUCAUGGCUGGUUGCGUUAUGCAGUCAACGGCAGUGAUCUUCAGCCUCUGGCGUUAGUGUCGAAGGUGUUGUUUUACCAAGCUUGUCAAAUUCGGGCUCAAACCUGGAGCCGACACACCCCGAAAAAAUGUCCGCACCCCAAGUCCCUUACCCCCACCAGGCACCUUACCCUCCCCCUCAGCCAUCAUUUCCCCAGAUGCCCUACGAUCCCCCGCCACCGUACAAUCCGCAAGCUGGCAAUGACGGAUACCCGCAGCCGGGAUGGAUAUCAGCGCCGCCGGCACCGCAGCAGCCUCAACCACCUCAACCACAGCAGCCGCAGGCCACAGUCUUCAACCCAUCCGCUCAGGGUUACGUCAAGCAGGGGUCAACCUAUGUGCCCACGGGUCAGCCUGGCAUGGUGCCGCCCACGGGGUACUACCCGUCCGGUGGUCAGCCAGGGCUCCCUGGUGGCGGCUACUACAAUAGUACCACACAGCAACCCAUGCCUGGAGGCUACUACCCCGGACAACCUGCUCCGCCUCCAGGCGGCACUCAGGGAUACUAUGGAGCAACGGGUUACCCUGGGGCCAACACAGUUGUCGUCCGCGAGCAGACCCAGGAGACGAGUCGCAUGGACGACCUGGCAAAGUGCUGCCUGGGCACGUGCUGCCUGACGUGGUUCUGCUGUUGGCUGACGGACUAGUCGGCAACCGAGCCCCCUCGACCGACUCUUGGUCAACCAAGUCCGCUGCGGCAAACGUGCCAUCCAUGCAUGCCAUCACCACCACCACCAUUUUUUAAAUGGCCGCUGUCUCCAAUUGCGCCCUCAUCCACCGCCCAGUUUUUUUCUUUAAUUUUUUUUUCUUGUUUGUGUUGACUGCUAUAAAUUCUUCCUCUCCGUCGCAGCAGGCAUUAGCCAUAAGUUCCUGCUGCGCUUACCGAAGAGCUACUUGGUUGUAUUAUAUUAUCCAUGAGCGGUUUUUAAAGGUAUAUACUCUAGGUAGGCGCUAAUAACUUGUAUAAGUACACAACAGAGUUUUUUGUAUAUUUUGUUAUGAUAUCUCUACACUUUUAGACUUUUCCCCGGAAAGUUGGAAUUUACUUCGGAGAUCUUGGGUCCCACGCAUUGCGGGGUGGCGAAGAAGUGUUCGUUUUAACUCUUUGAUAGUCAUUGAAUCCAGUAUUAAUACUUCUUUAACAAAAGAAAAAAAAAAGGCAGUCCUAUGUAGACAAGUGUUCAGUAUCGUCAGCAUGCUGGCACGAAUGAAUUUGUAUGCCAGAUUGAUUUUGCCGACCGACAUUUAAAUUAACGCGCAACCUGCAAAGGAGUGCUGCUGGCCAUUUAGUUUUGUAGAAACAAGUGUUCAGUAGUCUGGAAAAAUGGUGAUAGGUGUUCAUUUCUGUUCUUAUAUUGUGAUUUGUGUAUGGAAGUAUUCUCAUUUGCAAAGAAUAUAUAUAAUUAAAAAAAUCUCGUUCAUUGCGAGUUGGUCCCGACUUGUCAUUUUGGCAAUGGCAUUUGGUCACCCCUUAUAACACGUGGGACUCAACGGUGGCUAACUCAGUUUUUUGUUGAUGUUUGUAAGAUUCUACAGUCUAUGUGAUACAAACCUCUAUACAGAAAAAGAAAAAUCCCAUUCCACCACGCAUGCAUUGCAGAUGUCCACUAAUAGACCACCCCCCAUGUAGACCAUUCCCAUUUCUUGCCUGCGACACAUUGCUAGCAAGUGUGUUAAAAAGUGCUUGAGUAGGUAUAUUAUACACACGCUGUUGGUGUAGAAUGUGUUGAAGAUAGCAGUAUGCAUGUUUUAUCUGCCAUGGCUUUUGAAGCAUGGUGUAGACAGUUUGGAAUGGUGAACUGUUGAAUCUCCUCAGAGACAGUGAUGCAGGAAAGUUGCCAUGCAGCACUAAAUGCAGGGCCAAUGUUGGACCAACAUAAUCCUUUGAGGCCAGCAAUGCAUAGGGCCAUCAUUGUCCAUUAAAAUGCCAAUAUGACUCAUGUUGCACCAAUACUGGCCUAGCUCUGUGCUGCUUAGGUUUGUGUAGAAGGAAAGGAUUGUUGAGUUUGUGUUGGCACUGCAUUGGAAAGGUUUGAUGUUUAUUACUUCGUUGAGGGUCGUUUACGGAGUUGUUUCUGUGUUGUCUCUUGUCAGAAGCUAUUAAGCAUGGUUAACUCUGUCGUAAAAAAAAAAGGAAGGCAAUGUAUGAUCGUUGUUGCUGUUGUCUUCAAGGAUUGGAGUUUACAUGCAUUGUAUCAAUUUUGCUACCAAACGGUACCUUCUCUCUUGGCUCACAACUAUAGAUCUGUUAACUUAAUAAAAGCACGCAGCAUGUUUGCAAGACUCACAGAUGAUUGUGAAUGUUGCCUAAAUGCCUGGUCAAUUUAAUUGAAUCCAAAGAAAAAAAAAUGUAUAGGAAUGCUUUGAGGGGGGCGAGUACAGCCUCCCAUAUUUUUACCUAUAUCGUGCGAAACACUACAAUAUGGUCUUGCGUCGUCCUGAAGGGAACAUCGCAUUAGAUGACUCUUGCACAGGAUUGCUUAGUGCGCUUGAGAGUACUUCUGCCGGUGUCGCUGCUUAAAGACGCUAAAAUGACGCAUGAUCGACACUCGCGCUAUAUGGUUAAAAAUGCCGGAGGCUGUAGAUUGUGCAAGUAGUUCACAAUGAAAUCUAUGGCAAUAUGUGCACGAAAACACACAUUUACUUAUUUCGGAAAUACGUAGCAAUCGAGAAAAUGCCAGCGCGAGUCUGUUUCCGGGGAGCACUUGAAAUUAUGGAAAAGUUUGCGCACCAAGCAAAGCACGAACUCUUGCUUUUGCACCAAAACUGCACACAAUUAUAAAAGUUGACGAGUGGCAUUUAAGCAACACAGUUGUAGAUGUGAUGCUAUCCGAUAGCGCAAAGGGAUUCUGUGUCCAGCAUAUGCCACAGGGAACAAUAAACAUGUUUGUUGCAUGCUCAGACAA